AUGUCAGCAACGAACAAUGCCCAAAUCUUGGGUCCACUCACGAACAGCGACGAGAAAUCUGCGAAUGUACAACGCGAGCAUCUGCCAUGUGAUGAGGAUCCAGAGGCACUCGAAUUGAAGAAGAGGGAAGAGGCGCUCAGAAGAAAGCUAGACUGCUAUGUCGCUCCAGUUAUGAUGAUGUUGAUGUUGAUCAGUUAUCUGGAUAGAGGGAAUAUCGGCUUUGCAGCUACCCAGGGUAUGACAAAAGAUAUUGAACUGAAAGGCAGCGAACUCAACACUGCGGUCUCGGUAUUCUACAUCUUCUACAUCCUUGCUGAAUUUCCAACUUCGAUACUUGUCAAGCGUCUACAGUUCAAUCGCGUCAUUCCGACGAUUACAUUAUCCUGGGGCCUCGUAUGUCUUUGCAUGGGUUUCGUGCAAAAUUUUGCAGGUUUAGUUACAACACGCAUCUUCCUUGGCUUCUUUGAAGGCUGCCUUUUCCCUUCCAUGACGUUGUUUUUGUGUAACUGGUACACACGAGAAGAGCUUGGGAUUCGCAUCGCCUAUCUAUUCAUAGCGUCUGCUUUAUCAGGAGCUUUCGGUGGGUUGAUUGCGUUUGGCAUCUUGUACAUGAAUGGCGUAGGAGGCUGGCCAGGAUGGCGGUGGCUCUAUGUUCUCGAGGGCAUCAUAACUAUUCUCUGGGCUGCAUGCUGUAUUUUCUUGGUCCCAAAGAGCUUCGAAACAGCGUACUUUCUGAACGAGGAAGAGAAGCAGCUCAUGCGACAGAGAGCAGCUCGCACACAGGCCUACUCCGACUCGGAAGGCUCAGGCCACUAUGGUAAAGCUGACAUCAAGGAGGCUGCAAAAGACACCAAAAGCUGGCUCCACGUCGUCUACGCCAUCGGCGCCUACCUCUCAGACCGCCACCAGACUCGCUUCCUCCCACUCGUUCUCACCGCGCCAUUUGGCAUCGCCGGAUACGCGAUACUCUUGUCCCCCGCCAGCCCCGGGACCCAGUACUUUGCAACCUAUCUGAUCGCAACCGCAUGUUUUCUCUGCACCGGCGGCAACAUAACCUGGCUCUCGGCAAACUGCGCCCCGGACGGCAAACGCGCCGCCUCCCUCGGCAUCCUCCUCACACUGACUAACAUCGGCGGCGUCGUCUCCGGCCAAAUCUACCAGAGUAAUGCGGCGCCUAGGUACACGCUCGGUCAUGCGUGGAGUCUGAGCUGUCUCGCUGUGGCGUGGUGUGCGUGGUGGCUGGUUAGGAGCUUAUAUAGGAGAAGGGAAACGGAGAAGGAUUACAGGAUUGCGGAGGGGUAUGUCAGACCCGAAGAUAGGAUAUAUACGGAUCGUGAACCAGACUUUCGAUAUCAAACAAACAAAAAAUUGUCAAUCCAUCAAACCAUCCAUCCAUCGCAAACCCCGCAACGCCAUCUCAUUCCCAAACCGUCAAGCCUCUUUGUCCAUACAACCCAGCCCAGCGCCAACAGCAGCCAGGCCAAUUUGCUAUAG